AUGGAGUCAAAGCGACAGAGCGUUCUGAUGGAGCGCCUGGUGAGUGAGCUGAGCGCUCUGUUGAAGCUGUUGGACCAGGAGGCGGUGAGUCCGGCCACUGCGGACAAGAUGACCUCUGUGAGAAACAUCCUGGAGUCAGUGCAGCUGUCUGUCAAUGGCUCAGACGUCUACAUGAACAGCUGCCUCUAUGGAAACGGCACGAGCUUCGUCGAGUCGCUCUUCGAGGAUUUCGGUCGGGGCUGA